GCGGCUCUCCGCGCGCCCAGGCGCCCGCGCACUGGGGCUGGCAGCUGGGAACUACAUUUCCCAGGCAUCCCCGCGGCGCUCCCGGAAGCCGGGGCGGCAGUGGGAGGGGGCGGCGCGGUGGUUUGUGGGAGCGGCAGCGGCGGUGGUCUCCAUCAUGGCGGCUUCCAUCUCGGGCUACACGUUCAGUUCCGUCUGUUACUACAGCGCCAACAGCAGCGCGGAUCACGAAGGAUUUCUCCUGGGAGAGGUAAGACAAGAGGAGACAUUUAGUAUCAGUGAUUCACAAAUCAGCAACACUGAAUUUCUGCAAGUAAUCGAAAUCCAUGACCACGAGCCUUGUUCAAAACUCUUUAGCUUUUAUGACUAUGCAGGCAAAGUUAACGAGGAGAAUUUGGACAGAAUUCUUAAAGAUCGAAGAAAAAAUGUUAUUGGAUGGUACAGAUUUAGGAGAAACACUCAGCAACAAAUGUCAUAUAGAGAGCACAUCAUCCAUAAACAGCUGACACACAUUCUUGGAGUGCCUGACCUUGUCUUCCUUCUCUUCAGUUUCAUCUCGACUGCAAAUAACUCAACACAUGCUUUAGAGUAUGUGCUCUUUAGACCAAACCGAAGGUAUAAUCAAAGAGUGUCGCUUACAAUUCCCAAUCUCGGCAAUACUAGUCAGCAGGAGUACAAAGUUUCUUCAGUGCCAAAUACUUCUCAGAAUUAUGCCAAAGUUAUUAAGGAACAUGGUACUGAUUUUUUUGAUAAAGAUGGAGUGAUGAAGGACAUCAGGGCUAUAUAUCAGGUUUAUAAUGCACUUCAGGAAAAAGUACAGGCAGUAUGUAUAGAUGUAGAAAAGAGUGAACGAGUUGUUGAAUCUUUCCAAGCUGAUGUAAACAAACUAAAAGGGCAAAUCACACAAAGAAAAAACGAAAAGGAGCAAAAAAUAAGACUGCAGCAAGCUAUCUUAACCAGGCAAAUGUCAACUGAUAAUUUGGAAUCUAUGUUUCCUCCACGAAUGUCGUACCCUGGAUUUGCAGUGGAAGGUUGCACACUUGAAGACUCAGAUGCCUCUGAUCCCCCUCCUCCUUAUUCUGAUUUCACUGUGAGCAAUCAAGAAAGUACUUUGGGUCAUGGUCUCCCAGAAAGCAAUGUUUUCAUGCCUCGACCUCAAGCAGUGGGGUCUUCCAAUUAUGUUUCCACAAAUGCAGGAUUGAAGUAUUCUGGUAAUGGAGCAUCCAUGCCUUCCUCCCAAAGAGCAGUUAAUGACAUUAUUGAUGAAUCAGAAGACAGUGAUUAUGAGAACUUGCUUGAACCUACAGAGUCAUCUGACAGUGAAUACUCACAGACAAGGGAUUCACGAUCCCUGACGCAUCCUGAUGGGGAUUCCAGGAACACACAAACGUCCCAGAUAUAAUAGAACAAAAACUCAACAUGGCACUCUUUUUUUCAUAAUUGUUACAGAAAAAUUUUGGGGAUUUAACCUGGAGGAAAUAAACUACAAAGAGGAUUACUGUGCACAGAAAAUGUAGAAGACUUGCACUAGAUGGCUUAUUCACCUUGUGAUACAUUUUUGCAAGUUUAUAAUGGAAUCAUUAGGAUAAUCAAGUUGUGUUAAUGUUGAUGAGGUUCAUGGAUGUACUGGUAAAUUUAGGCAAAAUGAAAUUUCUAGAAACCUUGUAGCUUUUGUUGCCAUAUUUUCUUUAAGACAAUAAAUUGGGAUUUAGUGACUAAGCACAGUUAGUCUACAAAUAACAAUGUUCUCUAAAAUCAAAACUUACCUCUUGCACUAUCAUGCCUUGAAUUUUAGUUUUUGAAAGGGAAACAAUUCAUCAAUAGCCUUCAAAGCAACUUUCUAUGGUGAGCCAAAUUGAUCUUUACCAGAAAUGAAAUUUUGAUAAUUUCAAGAAGCCUGUUUGGAACAAAUGUGGUCUACCUUCUUCUGUGUGCAUGCUCUUUUAAUAGAGAAGGGGUUUGUUUCAAUUUUUUGUACUAGCCUAAUGUAUAUCAUUUAAAAUGACUGCCUUUUUUCUGUAGGAAAAACUUACUGGUAAAUCAUCCAAAUGAAUGUCAUAAGCAUACUUUGGUUUUGGUGGGUCUACAAUGGCUCUAUGCCACUCUAGCCUCAUUUACAGUCUCAUUUUUGUACUAAAAAUAUGAAGUGCACAUAGUAAAUUACAAACAGUAGUUAAUUCACAAUUGGGCUUUAGAAUCUACAAAUUCCAGAAAUUAUAAACUAUUUGCCAUUUCUUUGCAAUCUGUGCAUUGAAUUUAUACUUCCGUACAAUUUAUUUCAUGUAAGGAAUAGGGGAUUGCAUUGGGGAAGGUUGUUUAGAGAUUCCCCUGGGUUUAUUACCUCUUUCACCUCCGGGUGAAAUACAGAAACAUUUAUUUUAAUUUGAAUUGCAGCUCUUGUCAGAAAUUCCACAUUUUGCAAACAUAAAAUGUGGUAUAUUUAGAGAAUUUAUGUUUGGAUGCACUUGUAUUUUUAUUUAAUUACUGCUUGUAUUCUGAUUUUGCCCAAAAGAUGUGAAAUGGUGCCAUUAAAAAGUCGGUGUACUAUUGGGCUUUUCCUUACUUGUAAAUGACAAAACCUGCAGUUUAUGGUGUUAACACAUGCAUUUAAUGCUUUAAAAUAUGAAUAACCCUCCUUUUGAUUGGUUAAUAUCCCAAAGAACAAAACAGUUGCUUAAAUGUUUAAAUAUUUCAGAUUUACAAAAGGCUAAAAUCUCAUUAUAUAAUAUAUAUGUUGGGCAAAAACCUGUUCAUUAACCUCUCUUUACCUGUAUUAAAUUAAACAAAAUGGGUUUGGAAAAAUGAAAUGUUAAAAUUGGCACUCUUCUAUUGGGUGUUUCAACCUUUAAACAUCUAGUGGUCUGUUUUACAUUAUUCUCAUUAGCCUUAACUUGAUGCAUAUUGUUUUCAAGUGUUGCAGUCCAUUUUAACAACAGAUUUGUUCCAGUUUUAUUAAUGUUGGUUAUCUUCAAGCAGUUGUAGUGCUGGUGUGAUAAACAAGUGCUGUUGCCAUCUCAUCAGUUCUGGUUUUCACAUAAAAGAAAGGUUUGUUUGUUUUUUUUUUAUGCUGCACAGAAACCUGCAAUGUACAUCAGACAAAGCAGUUAAAUGUGACAAUAAACUCUUAUUUAAUCCUGUAAA